GCCGUAACGCGGCCUUAUAGGCGGACGCGACGCGGCAAGCCUUGCUUGCUCGCGCGAGACAGAGAGGCGAGCCCGAAGCCGCCAGUCUGCGGCCUCCGACCAUGGCGUCGUCCUCGGGCAGCGCCAUCCAAAUCCCGACCCGCCUGCCGCUGCUGCUGACGCCCGAAGCCGUGCUGCUGCCGGGCUCCACCAUGCGCGCCAGCGUGGACUCCCCGCGGAACAUGCAGUUGGUGCGGAGCCGGCUGCUGAAGGGCACGUCGCUCAAGAGCACCAUCCUCGGCGUCAUUCCUGACACGAAGGACCCGCUCAGCGACCUCGACGCCCUCCCGCCGCUCCACAGGAUUGGCACAGCUGCACUGGCCAUUCAGGUGGUUGGCAGCAACUGGCCAAAGCCCCAUUACACCUUGCUGUUGACGGGCCUCUGCAGGUUCCAGAUUUUGCAGCUGGUGAAGGAGAAACCUUAUCCCGUUGCAGAUGUUGAGCAGUUGGAUCGGCUGGAACAAUUUACCAACAACUCGGAGGAAGAGCUGGGGGAGCUGCCGGAGCAAUUCUAUAAAUAUGCAGUGCAGCUGGUGGAGAUGUUGGAUAUGUCCAUCCCGGCGGUGGCAAAACUGAGGCGCUUGUUGGACAACCUACCCAGAGAAGCUCUACCAGAUAUUGUCACCUCGAUCAUCCGUACCAGCAACCAGGAGAAGCUUCAGAUCCUGGAUGCUGUGGGUUUAGAAGCACGAUUCAAAAUGACCAUACCCUUGCUCGUGAGGCAGAUUGAAGGUUUGAAGCUUCUGCAGAAGACCAGAAAACAUAAGCAGGAUGAUGAGAAACGGAUCGUAGCAAUACGUCCUAUGCGGAGGAUCGGCCACAUUUCAGGUGCUAUGGAGGAUGAGGAAGAGGAUGAAGAUCACAAUGAUAUCAUCAUUCUCGAGAAGAAAAUCCGAGCCUCUCGCAUGCCUGAGCAAGCUCUGAAAGUCUGUAUCAAGGAAGUUAAAAGGUUAAAGAAGAUGCCUCAAUCCAUGCCAGAAUAUGCCUUAACUCGGAAUUAUUUGGAAUUGAUGGUGGAAUUACCCUGGAGCAAAAAUACCAAAGAUUGCCUGGAUAUCCGUGCAGCCAGGGUGCUUCUGGACAACGAUCAUUACGCCAUGGAGAAGCUGAAGAAGAGAGUGUUGGAAUACUUGGCAGUCAGGCAGCUGAAGAACAAUUUAAAGGGCCCCAUCCUGUGCUUCGUGGGACCCCCCGGAGUCGGGAAAACCAGCGUGGGGCGAUCGGUGGCCAAGACUUUGGGCCGAGAGUUCCACCGCAUCGCACUGGGGGGAGUGUGUGACCAGUCUGACAUCCGAGGUCACAGGCGCACGUACGUUGGCAGCAUGCCUGGCCGUAUCAUCAACGGCUUGAAGACUGCUGGAGUCAACAACCCGGUCUUCCUCCUGGAUGAGGUGGACAAGCUUGGGAAGAGCUUGCAAGGCGAUCCCGCAGCUGCGUUACUUGAGGUCUUGGAUCCUGAGCAAAACCAUAACUUCACUGACCAUUACUUAAACGUGGCAUUCGAUCUGUCUCAAGUCCUCUUCAUUGCCACCGCUAAUACCACUGCCACCAUUCCAGCGGCUUUGUUGGACAGAAUGGAGAUCAUCCAGGUUCCAGGAUACACGCAAGAAGAGAAGAUAGAAAUUGCACAUCGGCAUUUGAUUCCGAAACAGCUGGAACAGCAUGGGCUGACUCCGCAACAGAUUCAGAUUCCCCAGGAAGCAACGCUGGUGAUUAUCACCCGCUAUACCCGAGAGGCCGGGGUUCGCUCUCUGGAUCGCAAACUCGGAGCGAUUUGUCGGGCGGUGGCUGUCAAAGUGGCUGAAAGCCAGCAUAAGGAGACAAGACCGGAUCACUCAGAAGGGACAGAAGGAGAUGGGAAAGAACCCAUUGCAGAAGAGCCAAAAUCAGAAACCCUUCACGACGCUUCCGACCUAGCUCUGCCCCCUGAAAUGCCCAUUUUAAUUGACUUCCAUGCCUUGAAGGACAUCCUGGGGCCACCGAUGUAUGAACUGGAGGUGUCCGUGCGGCUGAAUCAACCAGGCGUAGCAAUAGGCUUGGCCUGGACACCCUUAGGUGGAGAGAUCAUGUUUGUGGAAGCCAGUCGGAUGGAUGGGGAAGGCCAGUUGACGCUAACCGGGCAGUUGGGGGACGUCAUGAAGGAAUCGGCCCACCUCGCCAUCAGCUGGCUGCGGAGCAACGCAAAGAGAUAUCAGCUGACCAACGCUUCUGGAAGUUUUGAUCUCCUUGACAACACAGACAUCCAUCUGCACUUCCCAGCUGGAGCUGUCACAAAAGAUGGACCAUCUGCAGGCGUUACCAUAGUAACCUGCCUUGCCUCCCUCUUCAGUGGGCGGCUGGUGCGUUCAGAUGUAGCCAUGACUGGGGAAAUUACACUAAGAGGACUUGUUCUUCCAGUCGGCGGAAUAAAAGAUAAAGUUUUGGCUGUGCACAGAGCUGGCCUGAAGAGCGUCAUCAUCCCUCAAAGGAACGAAAAGGACCUGGAAGAAAUCCCCGCCAACGUACGGCAGGAUCUCAAUUUCGUCAUGGCCAGCACCCUGGAUGAUGUCCUCAACUCAGCUUUCGACGGGGGAUUUUCCACAAAGGCCAGACUCGAUCACUUCAAUAGCAAACUCUAAAAAAACCCGAGUGGAUGAAGUUAACCGAAAGGAUAAAGCCGAGAUUGACUUAGCCACUUGGGUUAAAAAGGGGAGGGGGCAGGAACAGGUUACCUGACAUUAGUUGUUUGUUUUUAUUUUUUUGAGAAGAAAAGGAAUAUUAUUAAGGGAACAAUGGUGAUUCUUACUGCUGCUUUUUAUUGGCCCUACUCUGCAUUUGUGGGCAGAGGAGCUCUGCAGAGAUAGAUGCGAAUGCUUAAACUCUUAAUGAUGAUUAUUUCCCAAUGCUAUUAAGAGAUAGAUUUUACACAUGGACAGGCAGCCUAGCAGUCACUAAGCACGUGAGCCUUCAGGAAAGCUUUUUUUUUCUUCCCCCUGUUAAAUUCAGUGAAUGAACAUAGGGUUGUUUUUUUUUUUUUUUUGGCUGGAAUGUCAAGAGUUCCACUCAAAUGACUGUUGUUGCCAGCCAGAGCUUUCUUCUUUCUUGUAAAGGCAGAAACAUUAUGCAAGCAUAAUCUUGAGAGGCGUCCCUCCCUCCCAACCGUAGUGCCAGUGCAGCAAAAAAAAUACUCUUAAGUCUGAAUGUGCAGGAACAGCCAAUGACAAACAAGUGGCUCGUGAGCAUUAAAUUCUUUGCAGCGAUAUUUGAACGGCGUUCUUCGCUCCUGCCCCAGCUGCUGCUGCUUCUAAACUCCUGAAAAUUGAAUAAUUGUGGUGAGCCAAAGAAGCCAUUGGUUUCUUUCAGGCAAACGGUGCUGUUUAAGGCUUUGUUGAAAAUUUUAAUUUUGUCAACAAUUAUACCAUGGGGUUUCAUUGACCGAGGUUCUUCCAUUUAAGUUCAGGUGCAUUAGGAAGAUAUUGCAAGAUUAACAACUUCCUUUCCGCAAUUGUUGAAAAGAUUCCUUCGUGGAAUCUGGCCACACAUCCCACAACGGUGCACGGAGAGCUACAGAACGUUUAGCUCCUGAGACGCUGAGUGCUUUUAAUGUUCUCGCCGCAGAUAACUUUCAACUAUCGUGAAACGUUGGCUGGUUGAUAAAGGGGCAUCCACAAAGACAAUUCUUUUUCCCGAGCUGGCAGCUUGUUCUGCGAAGGCAUAAAUGCGACAUAGAGUAAAACUUUUCUUUGUAAUCCACAAGCAAAUGUAUUCUUGAAUCUUACAAGCAAAUGCGCUCUUUCCAAUGUGAACGUCGGAUUUCGACCUAAUUUUAUUUAACAAUAGUAAUUUUUUUUUCUCUCAUGGAGAAUAUAUAUAUAGCUGCUGAAAGUUGA